AUGGCUGCUCGUAAAGCUUACAUUGUCGGUGUCGGCAUGACUGCCUUCACCAAGCCUGGUAACAAGGACUACCCCAUCCUCGGUCUCGAAGGUGCCGUCAAGGCCCUCAUUGACGCUGGCCUCACUUACGACCAUGUCGACUACGCCGCUGCCGGUUACGUCUACGGUGACUCCACCUGCGGUCAGCGUGUUCUCUACCAGCUCGGUAUGACUGGUAUCCCCAUCGUCAACGUCAACAACAACUGCUCCACCGGCUCCAGUGCCUUCAGUCUCGCUGCCAACGCAGUUCUCGCUGGCCAGGCCGAGUGUGCCCUCGCAGUCGGUUUCGAGAAAAUGGCUCCUGGUUCGCUCAGCUCGGCCUUCACCGACCGUGCUGCUCCCAUGGAGGGCACCAUGUCGCAGCUCUUCGAGAUCGAGGGUGACAAGGAGUACGAGACUGAGGACUUUGGUCCCUUUGCCGCCCGUAUCUUUGGUGCUGCCGGUCUCGAGUACUGUGAGAAGUAUGGGGCUACCUGGGACCACAUUGCCGAGAUCGCUGCCAAGAACCACCGUCACUCGAAGAACAACCCUUACGCCCAGUUCCGUGCCACCCCUACUAAGGAGCAGGUCCUCAAGGCACGAAAGAUCACCCGUGAGGUGACCCUUCCCAUGUGCUCGCCCACUUCGGAUGGUGGUGCCGCCGCCAUCGUUGUCUCGGAAGCAUUCGUCAAGAAGCACGGUCUCGAGGACCGAGCUAUCGAGCUUGCAGGUUUGGGUGUCGCGACUGACUCGAUUCGUCUCUAUGAGGACCGUUCGCGUAUCGAGCUUGCCGGUGCCGACAUGUCUCGUCGUGCCGCCAAGAUUGCUUACCAGCAGGCCGGCAUCGGUCCUAAGGACGUCCAGGUGCUCGAGCUUCACGACUGCUUCGCUCCCAACGAGCUCGUCACCUAUCCCGCUCUCGGUCUCUGUGCUGAGGGCGAGGCACACAAGCUUGUCGAGCAGGGUCUCAACACCUACAACGACUCCGGCAAGGGUUGGGUCGUCAACCCAUCGGGUGGCCUCGAGUCCAAGGGUCACCCUCUCGGUGCCACUGGCCUUGGUAUGAUCAAGUACAUGGUCGACCAGCUCCGAGGCGACGCCGGUGUGCUCCAGGUCAAGAACGUCCAGCACGCACUUACACACAACAUCGGUCUCGGUGGAAGCUGUGUCGUCACUAUUCUCCGACGUCCUUCGUUCUUCAAGGCAGGCGCAACCAACUCGGCCAAGCGAUUUGGCUACAACGCUGGUGACCAGGUCAAGAGCAUCACUGAGGAGGACCUCAACAAGGUCAAGAGCAAGCAGUACUCUGACUACCUUCCCGCCGACCUCUAA